AUGGUGAUUGUGGAUAAAGCUGAUCUGUCUGGAGGUGCACCUCGAGUCCAGCUUCGGAAACAAAUCACACUGUUUCACUGUGUGUCAAUAAUAGUUGGAAUCAUCAUUGGAUCUGGGAUUUUUGUGUCUCCCGUUGGCAUCCUGCAAAAUGUGCAAUCGGUUGGAAUGUCUUUGUUGUUAUGGACAGUUUGUGGGAUUUUUUCAACUUUAUGUGCUGUAUGUUUUGCGGAACUAGGUGCCUGUAUACCAGAAUCUGGUGGGGAGUAUAUGUACAUUAAAAGAGCUUUUGGUGAUUUUCUAUCUUUUAUAUGUUUGUGGAUUAAUCUGAUGAUUAUACAACCUGUGGGAACGGCCGCUUCCACCCUCAUAUUUGCGACCUAUAUACUCCGUCCAGUGUAUCCAGACUGUGAACCACCUAAAAUAGCUAUACGUCUAAUUGGUGUUUGUGUCUAUGCAUGUCUUACAGCUAUCAACGUUUUUAAUGUAAAAUGGGCGACCAAAGUUCAAGCCAUUAUAACUGCCAGCAAAUUGGCAGCAUUAUUUAUGGUUAUAAUAAUAGGAAUUCUCUGGAUAGUUAAAGGAAAUACAAGCAACUUUCAGAAUCCAUUUGCCAACAGUGACUACAGUGCUGGAUCUGUGGCUAUCGCUUUUUACUCUGGAUUUUGGGCUUUUGGGGGCUGGAAUUACCUUAAUUUCCUAGCUGAUGAAGUAAUUGAACCAAAUCGAAAUUUACCAUCAGCAAUACUUAUAUCCAUGGCAAUAGUAACAGUUGUAUAUUUGGUAGCCAAUGUGGCAUAUUUUGCUGUACUUACUCCACACGAGAUGUUAUUAUCAUCAGCAGUUGCCGUGACAUUCGCAGAACAAACAGUACGCCCUGUUGUCUGGAUAAUGCCGAUAUUAAUAGCUAUAUCUGUUAUGGGUAGCAUUAAUGGUAGUAUGUUGUCCAUGUCCAGGUUGUUUUUCGUUGGUUCUAGAAAUAAUCACCUACCUGAAGUUAUUUCUAUGAUAUCUGUUAGAUUUAGUACUCCAGCGCCAUCACUCAUCGUCAUGUGUAUAUUAACCAUAACAAUGCAGAAUUUUGAAGAGAUCUUUUAUUUAAUAGAAAUGAUGGGGUUUGGAUUUGCAACUGUUCUGACCACUACUUUGGCUGCGCUUAUCCAUCUUAGGUGGAAGGAACCCAAUCUCAAGAGACCCAUUAAGCUUCCAGUUGUAUUACCGAUAUUAUUGUUUCUGAUCAGUACUUCAAUAUUAGUCUUAACCGUUUACCAAAAACCACAACAAAGUGGGUUGGCCAUUUUAAUAAUAGCCUGUGGUAUACCCCUGUAUUUGUUUGGAACAUGGCGGAGUAAACCAGCAAGUAUACAAAUUAUAUUAGAUAACAUAACCGUGUUCAUCCAAAAGUUGAUGUAUGUGGCGGCGGAAGAUGAGGAUAAUUCUAAAACAUUGAACAACGAUGAUUUGAAAAUAUAG